UUUUUUAAAAAGCUUUUUUUCAUAAUUUUAUUUUUCCAUAAAUUUUUCCCCAUUUUUAGACCUCCAUUUACUCCUUCCAAUUCUUUAUUGCCCGCAUCUCCACCAAUUAUUAGAGUUACUCCAGCAAUACCUCAAAUUUUUGAAUAUUCUUCUAGAGAAGCUAAUCAACCCAAAAUAAAUUCUCCAAAGGUUGAAGAAGAAGAGAAGGUGGAAGAAUUACAACAACAAGAAGACGAUACAUCUACCAACCUUAACAACAACGAAAAAGAAACAGAACAACAACAACAAACUCAAUCAACAACCUCUACCCAAACAGAAAUGCCUCGUCCUCGUCCCCAACCAUUUCCUUUUAUUGCAAGUCGAAGGCGUGCAUCUACAGCUAGUCACAAUGCUUUACCCUCUUCCUACUCUUUUAAUUUUGGUUCAAAUCUUCCAGGGAAUCGGCAUUCUUUGCCUAGAUUGAGUAUUACAUCUUUGGGUUCUGUAGCUAAGACUUUCAGCGGUCUAGCAGCAUUUAUCGUUCCCGAAGAACAAUCAGACAAAGAACGUUUUCGAGAAUUAAGAAUCGCAAGUCAAAGACGUGCAUCUUUAGCAAUUAGUAGAGGCAAAAAUGGGGGGACUCCAACACCAAUAAAUGAUAAUUCGAGUAAAGAUUCAAGCAGAAAUUCAAUUAAACACAACGAAGAUGACGAGGAUAAAACAUCAAGUGAAUGUUCUGAUAGAAGUCGAAUGCCAAAUUUGUAUCGAGAAAGGUAGCCAGUUUUUUUAAAAAUUAUUGUAUUACCCGUUAGGACUGGCGGUAAGGGAGAGGAACUUAUAGCGGCAGUCUACUACUAGCGGGGGUUAACACAUAUGGGAACUGAGAUACUUAUCUUAUCACACCUUAGGACCUGAGAUCUCUGUCUUACCACACCCUAUUACUGAGAGCAGCCUAUUACUUUUAUCACUUCUAACAACGGAUAUUUCUGUCUUCUCUCACAGCCAAAGUCACACACUCUCUAGCUUAUCAUACCUUAGGUCACAUAUAAUCUCUUUCUUAUUACGCUUCUAUCUUAUACCAAAUCCAAAUAAUAAUUAAGGGAUUGCUUAGGGAAGUUAUUAGGGAAGGGAUAAUUAGGGAAGGGAUAAGGUUGUUUAUAUAAGGGGCAUUCCUUUCUUCUCCCCUUCUGUUGUGAUAAGUAGGAGAUUAGAAAAUUUGAGAGGGGAUAAGU